CGGAGCUGGCCGGGAUGAGCGGCGGAGGGACGGAGACCCCCGAGGUUUGUGAGGCCGCCCCGGGCGGCGGCGGCGGCGGCAGCAAGAAGAAGGACUCGCUGGGGGCCGCGGGCUCGCCAGCCCACCUCAUUAUCAAGGAUCUCGGAGAAAUUCAUUCAAGACUGUUAGAUCACAGACCAGUUAUCCAAGGUGAAACCCGUUAUUUUGUGAAAGAAUUUGAAGAAAAACGUGGUCUUCGAGAAAUGCGAGUUCUUGAAAAUUUGAAGAAUAUGAUCCAUGAAACAAAUGAACAUACUCUUCCCACGUGUAGGGAAACAAUGCAAGACAACUUAAACCAAGUUCUCCAGAGACUGCAAGCAGCUACUGACUCGGUCUGUAGACUCCAACAGAGGGAACAGGAGCGAAAAAAGAUGCAUAAUGACCAUUUAAUAGCUAGUGAGAAACAGCAUAUAAUGCAGUGGGAGGAUUUCAUGAAAGAACAACACAGCGAACAGGCUGAAGUGGACGAGGAGCACAGAAAAGCCAUGGAGAGGCUUAAAGAACAAUACGCCGAGAUGGAGAAGGGCCUGGCAAAAUUUCCAGCCUUUGGAGAACUUGAACCAUAACAGUGACAGACUGAUGAGAAAACAUUGCCUUCCCCUCAGAAACCGCUCCCACCAAACCGCUUAGCCUCUGCCUCAAGUUUAGCAGUGUAUUCAGUGGCACUCCUCUGCAGAAAAAAGAAACUGCUACCGGAGUCUUAGCUGUUUCCUAGAAGAAGAAUGCCACAUCUUCCCGUAUCUGCCUAUAUCUCUAAAUGGGGAGAAGUAGGAGGAAAAUGGUGUAAACAUGCUCUUUGUUAAUGAGGAUUGGUCUUAGUUUCCAUUGAUUAUCUCGGAGAACUGUAAAUACAGACUUCUUAGAAAAGAAAUUAAUUCAUCCUUAUGCAGGGUUAAUGUUACUUUAUUAUUGUGGCUCAGAAGGCUGAUAUGGUGGCUGCCUGUCAGAGCCUCCCUGGCUCUUGGAGGAGUGUGUACAGUGUUAUUCCGUGAGUAAUGUACUGAGAAACAACUGUCCUGGAAGCAGAGGCCACAUUGAAGAGAGUCAAAACUUUGUCUCUGCUCUUCAAGGAGAGCCACGUUGGUCUCUGAAUUGGCCUGUUGGGAGAAGUUGCAGAUUUUGCAUGGCAGCGUAAUGCCGUGUUUCACUGGAUGACAAGACAUGCUUGUUAAGUUUGUGGCCUUCCAGCACUUCAUAUUUUCAGCUUUUAAAAUGUGCUCACAAGGAAAAGCUUACCAAAAAUAGAGUUGACUUUUAACCUUUCCAAGAACCAUAAUCUUGCCCGUAGAUUUACCUCAUUUUUACGUGUGUUUUGCUGUGGGUAAGCUUUGUAAGAUAAAUAAUGUCUAUACAUGUUUCAGCUGUUCAAUGAGUAAUCAGCAAAAUCUGCCAAGGCGUCCCUCUGGAACCAUAUAAAGAUUCUGGCUCUGAGUAAACCAGAAGUAUUUGCCCACAUGGCAAAUGACCCAUGUUAAAUGUAAAUCCUUUUUAGUGUUUAACGUCUGUUCUCAUAAGCAGGUGUAUUAAGAUGAAACACGUACCAGUUCUGUCAUCACUGUGAUCUUUAAAAAUCUGCAUUUACCAAUCUAAUUGAGGAACUAAGUUGAUUUUUUAUUUACCAUAAACCAAGCUGAAUUAAAUGCAAUAAUUUCAAGAGAUUUAUGGCAAAUGAAUUUGAGGUAUGGAUAAAUCUUUCAGGUCUUUUUUUUUUUUUUAUUGCUCUUCAGUAAAGAAAGGCACAAGAAAGAAAAUACUCAACUCUUGUGUUAUCUCAGUGUUGCUACCGCAGAAAAGUGACAAUGCUUGCUUGUGUAAAUUUAUGGCUUGCUGUCAAAGCUUCAUUCUUGGCUGCAUGUUGAAAAGUGAUUAAAGUUAAUAG